UGUUUAUCCUUCUUCUAUUCGCUGGCGUCCCUUCCUAGCUUUAAAAGUCAGUCGGAUCGGGUCAUGCAACCCUCCACUCGGGCGAGGAGAUUUUAACUGGGGCGAGCAGACAGUCCGGUUGGCUGCUGGGGUAUGCGCACCUGGGGAGCAGCCCGUCUGUGUCGCUAAGGUCUGUAAUGAGGCCUACACGUUAAAUCCCGCACCCCUCCUGCUCAUCCUCCACCUCCCUGCAACAAGCUAACCGUGAUGGCCGAUGAUCAACAACAGCAACCCGGUCAGCUGCAGCAGAGUGCUCUUUCUGGACCGGCGUCUCUUCCCAGCGCACUGUCAGGGCUGCAGGGCACCGAGGCAACCGCGCUGCACUACAACAAGAUCAAGAACUCGAUCUGCAAAUCUGUACAAUCAAAAGUGGACAGCAUUUUGCAAGAUGUUGAGAAGUUUACAGACAUUGAAAAACUCUACCUCUACCUUAAGUUGCCUUCUGGGCCAAGCAGUGGAAAUGACAAAAGGACUGAAAAUCAGUGGGGGUCUGCAAGUCCUGCAACAUGUGACCAGAAUUCCAUGUCGUCCAGCCGGACCCAACAGAUGUAUGCUUUCAAUUGGAUCCGAAAUCACCUAGAAGAGCAUCCUGAGACCUCACUGCCAAAACAAGAGGUGUAUGACGAGUACAAGAGCUACUGUGACAAUCUUGGCUACCACCCUCUAAGUGCUGCAGAUUUCGGAAAGAUCAUGAAAAAUGUCUUUCCGAACAUGAAGGCACGCCGCCUUGGAAUGCGAGGAAAAUCAAAAUACUGUUAUAGUGGACUAAGAAAAAAAGCUUUUGUGCAUAUGCCGUCUCUGCCCAACCUGGACCUGCAUAAAUCGGGGGAUGGGUGUGAGCUGUUGGAACCAACUGGUCAGUCUCCCAGUGCUGAGGAUGAGAUGCGUUCUGCAGCCUGUGGCCUAGUGUGCGAAUGGGCCCAGAAAGUACUGAGCCGUCAGUUUGACAGUGUGGAAGAGUUGGCGCGUUUUCUGCUGAACAGCCAUUACAUUGGCACCAAAUCCAUGGCUGCAUUAACUGUUAUGACCGGAACUCCAACAGGUGUGAAAACGCCCACGCUGGCCUCUGCGUUUGUGCCAACUGGCGAGGCCAACUCCUUCCAACCCCAAAUAAAGACUCUCCCAUCACCCUCUGUCGACACCAAGCAACAACUACAACGAAAGAUUCAGAAGAAACAGCAGGAGCAAAAACUCACCUCUCCGUUGCUCAGCGACGCCCAAGUCAAAAGAGCCGAAGCAGGCACACCUGGUCUGGGCUCUAGUAUCACACCUGGAAGCUCAGCUUUGCUGUCUCAACAGCCUACAAUCGGCAUUGUGGUGGCUGCAGUGCAAAGCCCCAUUACGGUCCAAAGAAAUAGACAGCUGAUGACAUCCCCAAGUCCAGUUACAACAGCCGAGGGAAAGGUUCUACCAGUUAAUUUUCAAGUGGUUACCCAGUCUGUUAAACAAUCGCCUAAAACAUCACAGAAUAUUUCUGCCAGUCCUGUUGGCGACAGGUUAGCCAGACAUCGAUAUGCCCAGAUCCUUCCUAAACCUUCUGCCACAAGUGGAAUCACUCUCCGUUCCCCACAGACUCUCCUCAUUACCAACAGUCCGAUCAAAACCAUGAUGCCCACCUCACAUGUCAGCUCCGUUAACGUUGUCAAAAUGACAGCUAUAUCACUGACACCCAACAACAAUGGUGGCAGCAGCACACCAACACCAUUGCGACCUGCUUCAGCAGGUCUUGGUAGCACUAAUUUCCAGGAAGAGUCCAACCAAUCUCAGCUGGUUCAGAAUAGCUGCCUAACUCUUUCAUCUGGAACUGGGAAAGUUGGCAGACCUGCCACAACUCCGAUUUCUUCUGCUUCCUCCACUAGCGAAGUCAAGAUAACAACUGAAGCUAUGAAUGAGGGUAACUCAACUAAUGUUGCUGAAAAGCAAGGCACUGUACCAGGUAGCAACACUGGGCAAAAGAAUGAGAGAGCUACUAAAUUUAGGGCUUCCAGUGAACCUUCUCUUUUCGUCAAGGCAUCGCCAGUGACUGAAAGAGUUAACAGAGCCAAAAAUGACUCUGCAGCACCUCAAAGUACAAUCAUAGGGGCAGCUGCCCCAAGCAGCAAUAACAGCAGUGAUCAUCAGGAGAGUACUUUGUAUUUGACUGUUAUGAAUCAGAAUGCUGAUGUCAGAUCCCUUGGUGCAACCUGCCUCGCUGGCCAGACACCAAAAGAUGCUGGCCUUGGACUGAAAAGUCCUCGAAAGCGUUCGGCUUCUGUUUUGGAGACACAUGCAAUCCCAGUUAAGAGAGUGUUUAUAUCUCAGCAGUCUCUAGAUGCCAGCAACCAUUCUAAACCUAGUCUUAUAAUAGCCACAAAAAAGAUACAGAGACCAGGUACUCCUGCCAGACCAGAGAGUGCUCCUUGUAAAGUGACAUUAAAGCAAAUCAACUCUCUUCAGACACAAAUCCUGGCACUUUCUGAUACCCCAAUUGAUAACACUUCUCAAACCCUGGUGACUCCUCAGAGCUCCUUCCAGGUUGAGCUUGAGGAAAGCUCUGCUGGAAUAAGCCCAACUGACAUAGCUUCUCAUAAUAGCACAGCAUCUGAUCAAACUUUAUUGCAACAAAUUACAAGCCAGCAACAAGUCACCAUUGCCAUUUCUCAGGAGGCAUCUGCUGUGAGUGAGCUGAAGAGCUCAUUACAAGACUACUCUCGACAGAUACAAGCUAAACAAAAGCAGGGAACUGCUAGCCACCUGCCACUGAUGGCUCAAGCUCCUGAAGCAUCUGCACAGUUGACUCUUCAGCAAGACAUUGUUGACUUCGAAGGAGCCCAUGCCAGCAUGGAUUACUUCCCCUUUAAUGAUGAUGACAUGACACAGGAUAGUAUAGUUGAAGAGUUGGUGCAGAUGGAGGAGCAAAUGAAGCUAAACAACACUCUACAACCUUAUCUUAGUUCUCUUGAUAUUACUUUACAAGGCCAGUCAUCUCAAAGCACUAUUCUUUCCUCUCACCAAACUGGAAAUCAAUUUUACCACUCUGCACAUAGCAGCACCACUCCAGUACACACUCCAACACCCACACCGACUCCAACACCUACUCCAACUCCAACCCCUACCUCUGAAAUGUUGCCUGGGGGGCAUAGUUUAGCCAGGGAGAGUCCUUGCUGUAGAAUGGCACCUGUUACUCCAGUUGAUGGCAUUUUAGGGGGUCGACACACACCUAUUAGCACUCCGUUGUCAAAUUGCAGCAGCAGUGUCCCUCCGAGUCCUGUUGAAUGUCGUAAUCCUUUUGCAUUUACUCCCAUCAACUCCAACAUUCCAGGUUACCAUGAUAGUGUAGUGUCCAGUAGCCCAGUUAAGCCCAUGCAGAGGCCCAUGGCCACUCACCCAGACAAAGCUAAGAUGGACUGGAUUAACAACAAAUAUAACAGCACUACAAGUUCUCCAUCAGUUUCAAACAAUAAUGCUAUUGGAAUUCUUCCAAGCUAUCAAGACCUGGUUGAGGACCACUUCCGUAAACCACACGCAUUUGCUAAACCUGGGCAGUCUUUUCAGUCACAGUCUCGAAACCAGGAUGGACUGCCAGGACGGUUAGCAACAGUGUCACCUGUUCAACAAGCACAGCAAACAGUGGAUAAUAAGCAAGAAGGUUUUGCUGUACCAGCACCAUUAGACAACAAAAAUACAGCACCUGGAAACGGAGGAGGAAUUUUUAGGUGUCGCAGUGUGAGCCCUGCUGUUCGUCAACGCAAUCUCAGUGGCAACACUGUGCAGACCAAUCCUGUCCUGAGGUCUGUGAUUUCACCAUUUAAUUCCCCUUUAACCUCAGAGGUUCUUAGCAUUCUCUCCAACAGUCAUAACGUGGUCACGGCCAACAGCAUGGCUCAAAGAAGCCAAUCGGUUCCAUUGAGCAUCAUGAUGCAGUCUGAGAUGUUGCCAGUUGGCCAGCAGAGUAACAGUGCUAAAAUUACCACUGUGCUCCUGAGCAAGAUGGAUGCUGAUGGUGAUGACGCCGUGCGUGGGCUUGGUGUCAAUAACAUGCCUUCCAAUUACACAGCUCGGAUGAACCUGACGCAAAUCCUAGAAACUACACAGACUUUUCCUGAAGGCACGAACAAUCAGACUCAGCAGCUGUCUGUCUGCUCAAGCUCUUCACCCUAUGACUUCCAGAAGCCUGGUUAUCUCAUAAGCACCGGGGAUGAAUCGAUGACAUUCUCCAAUAAUGGCCAAGCACAAUCAAGCUCUGGACUACAGCCAGAGCAACAGCUUCAAUUACAGCAUCAACAGCUGGAGCUACAGGAUCAGCAACUGUUGCAAGAUGAACAAUUGCAACUUCAGGAACAACAGUUACAGCUCCAAGAGCAGUCUUUGCAGCUUCAGGACCAAGAGUUGGAAUUACAAGACCAACAUUUGCAAUUACAACACCAACAGUUGCAACUACAAGAGCAACAGCAGCUACAGCAUGAUCCAGACCUCAGCCAACAACAGUUACUGUCACAAACCUCACAACAGGAUGAGGAACAGCAGCAGCAGGAGCAACUGGACUUUAACAGUACUGUCAAGGAUCUUUUGGGGGAGGAUGGCCUCAAUCCCAGCUCACAACUAGUUGGGCAAGUGGCAUCUGAACUCAGUGCAGUAGCAUCAGACUUCUCCAGUGAAAUACGUUUAACCUCUGAUCUUUCUGGUAGCAUCAAUGACCUGAACACUUUGGAUCCCAACCUCUUGUUUGAUCCAGGUCAGCAACAGGACCAAUAUGAAGACGCCACACUGGAAGAGCUAAAGAACGAUCCUUUGUUUCAGCAGAUAUGCAGUGACACUGUGAACUCUGCUGGAUUUGACUGGUUGGAGAACAAAGACCAGCCAACAGUUGAAAUGUUGGGUUAGUGUUAAUUUUCUAUGUUGUGAUUAUUGUCUGUUAAUAUUUAUAGCUGUUUUUUUCAGUGCUCAGUUUUUUGUGACUGUCCUGUUUUUUUUUUUUUUAAUGUGAAUAAGAUUUGUCACUGUAAUUCACGCUCGUUUAUUGGUCAGCCCAUUAAGAAAUGCCAGUCUGACUUGAAGUGACCAUUAAGACUUGUGCUGUUUCACAGUUCAUGCCAGUUCUCAU